CGUGUGUUUUUAAAUACGGGGCUUCACUUCUGUGCGGUUCAAUGUUACAACGCCAUUAAGUCACAGUAGCAAGACGAAAAAAUAAGAAGGGAAGGAGGAAAAGUCCAGCGUGCGCGGACCCAGAAAAAGGAUCUUCCCGGCUUCUGCAGCUGACAGAGCUGUUGGGGGCGCUUGGGCGCUCUGCCCGCCAGAGUCGCAGCCCAGCAGCCCCCUUCCCGAAGUCCGGGCGCGACCAGAGUGGCGCCGCGGCGGGGGGAUCGGGCGGGCCCGCCAAGGACUUCAAAGGCCCGGCGCCGCCGCCGCCCCCGCCCGCGCGCGCUAAUAGUACGGUCCAAGGGGGCGGCUCCUGGGGCGCGGCUCCCGCGGCAGCUGAUGCGCGCCCCGCCGGCCGGGAGGCGGGAGCCAGAGACCCCAAGACCCGAGCCGCCCGGCGCCGCGGGCCGGGCCCUGAGGAGGCCCCAGGAGAGGGAUCUUCCCCGCGGGAGUCGCCGGCGCGGGGGUGGCCGCGACCGCACCGUUCGAGAAGGAGGACGAGGAGGAAGCGGCGUUGCCUACCGGCGGAGAGGAAGCGCUCCACCCGGGCCCCCGACGGCGCUCGUUUAACCACAUCCGCGCCUCCGCUGGAAACGCUUACAGGCGUCUGUCACCCGUUCCCUCCAUUUUGAAAAGGAAAAAAGGCUCUCCCCCUUCCCCUACUCCUAGGAGCUGGAGCCAGAGGAGCCGCGCUCAUGGCGUUCAGCCCUUGGCAGAUCCUGUCCCCAGUGCAGUGGGCGAAAUGGACCUGGUCCGCGGUGCGCGGCGGGGGCGCCGGAGAGGACGAGGCCGGAGGGCCAGAGGGCGACCCCGAGGAGGAGGACUCGCAAGCCGAGACCAAAUCCUUGAGUUUCAGCUCGGAUUCUGAAGGUAAUUUUGAGACCCCUGAAGCUGAAACACCAAUCAGAUCGCCUCUCAAGGAAUCCUGUGAUUCAUCCCUAGGAUUGGCAGGACCAGGGGCCAAAACCCAAGAAUCACAAGAAGCUGAUGAACAGCUGGUAGCAGAAGUGGUUGAAAAAUGUUCAUCUGAGACUUGCUCUAGAACCUCAGAAAAUGAGGUAGUACAGCAGGCUGGUGAUUCUUACGCAAUCAAGGAUUUCAAAGAAGAACCUGAACACGAGAGUAGCAAAAUUUCAGUAGUGAGGCCAUUUUCAAUAGAAAACAAGAAUGUCACGGAUAUCCCAGCAGCUCUAGGAACAAAGGCCGCUUAUGGCUGUGUAACUAUGGUCUUGGGUGAGGCUUUGCCCUCCAGUGUACCAGAAGCCAUCCUGGACAAGGCAAUGACAGAAGGCACCAUGGGGGUUGCACUGGAGGCUUCCACAGAAGUUGACCUAAAGGCUGGCAGCUCCUGUCCAGAGCCUGUUACCAACAGAAGCAGGCUAAGAAAACCCAAACCCGUCUCUCUGAGGAAGAAGACAAUUGGCGAAUUCUUAGAGACUGAUACUGCCCUGGAAGGCAUGUCUCUCCCCCAGGCAUCCUAUCAGUUCUGUCCCAAUGAGAUGGAUGGGAACACAAAUCCUUUGCUAGGAGUUGCCAGGAUCCAGAAAUCUCCCCCUGAUAUAAAGGAAACAGCGAGCGCUCCCUGCAGUGAUACCAACGAUUCAGGAGUUGAGUUGCUGGAGGAGUCAAGGAACUCACCUCUGAAACUAGAGUUUGAUUUCACAGAAGACGUGGAAAAUGUAGAGUCCAGGAAGGGCCUUCCAAGGAAGCUUGGCAGGAAACUGGGUAGCAAACUGCCUCCCAAGGUACAGAAAGAUAGCAUUAGUAAGCCGGUGGGUGCCAAAGGUGCGGACCCGCUUGCAGAGCCCACUGUACACAGUGCUCCUCCUUCCCAGGCAUCAGCUAAGCUGGAUCCUAGCCAGUGGGACCACCACAACGUCAAUCCCUUUGGGGGCCACUCUACUCUGCAGAGCUCCCCCCCUCUCUCCUCUAAGGGCUCCUACCACUUUGAUGAAUCCAUGGAUCCCUUUAAACCAACUACAACAUUAGCAAGCAGUGACUUUUGUUCUCCCGCCGGUAAUCUUACUAAUGAAAUCUUAGAAUCACCCAAGAAGGCAAAGUCGCGUUUAAUAACGACUACUGAACAAGUGAAAUUUCUCUGUUUUCUGUUGAGUGGCUGUAAGGUGAAGAAAUAUGAAACACAGUCUCUUGCUUUGGAUGGGUGUUCUCAGGAUGAAGGAGCAGUGAUUUCCCAGAUUUCAGACAUUUCUAAUAGGGAUGGCCACGCUACUGAUGAGGAGAAACUGGCGUCCACUUCAUCUGGUCAGAAAUCAUCUGGGGCCGAGGUGAAAGGUGAGCCAGAGGAAGACCUGGAGUACUUUGAAUGUUCCAAUGUUCCUGUGUCUACCAUAAAUCAUGCGUUUUCAUCCUCAGAAGCAGGCGUAGAGAAAGAGACCUGCCAGAAGAUGGAAAAAGAUGGAUCUACCAUGACCGGACUGUUGGAGUCCUCUUUGGAGAAGGCCCCCGUGUCUGUGGCCUGUGGAGGAGAGAGCCCCUUGGAUGGCAUCUGCCUCAGUGAAUCAGAUAAGACAGCUGUGCUCACCCUCAUCAGAGAAGAGAUAAUCACUAAGGAAAUUGAAGCAAAUGAAUGGAAGAAAAAAUACGAAGAAACCCGACAAGAAGUCUUGGAGAUGAGGAAAAUUGUGGCUGAAUAUGAAAAGACCAUUGCUCAAAUGAUUGAAGAUGAACAGAGGACAACUAUGACCUCUCAGAAAAGCUUCCAGCAACUGACCAUGGAGAAGGAGCAGGCCCUGGCUGACCUUAAUUCUGUGGAAAGGUCCCUUUCUGAUCUCUUCAGGAGAUAUGAGAACCUGAAAGGUGUUCUGGAAGGGUUCAAGAAGAAUGAAGAAGCCUUGAAAAAAUGUGCUCAGGAUUACUUAGCCAGAGUUAAACAGGAGGAACAGCGAUACCAGGCUCUGAAGAUCCACGCAGAAGAAAAACUAGACAAAGCCAAUGAAGAGAUUGCUCAGGUUCGAACAAAAGCAAAGGCUGAGAGUGCAGCUCUCCAUGCCGGACUCCGGAAGGAGCAGAUGAAGGUGGAGUCCCUGGAAAGAGCCCUUCAGCAGAAGAACCAAGAAAUCGAGGAACUAACGAAAAUCUGCGACGAGCUGAUUGCAAAGCUGGGGAAGACAGACUGAGUCCCCCCGUUAGCGCAGCAGAUCUGCAUUUGGCUGCUUUUCUAUUAACCACAGUUAUCUUGCCUUAUCCAGGAAUAAUUGUCCCUUUGCAGAGAAAAAAAAAAAAAAAAAACUUUAAAAAGCACAUGCCUACUGCUGCCUGUCCCGCUUUGCUGCCAACACAACAGCCCUGGAAGGAACCCUAGAGCAUCGCACGGUCCCGGGAGGAGCGGCAUCUGAGCAUCGUCCGCCGACAGGUUUGGUCAGGCUGCUAAGUUUGGGGUCGUGAUUUCUCUAUCUUUAGUCCACUUCUAAAAGUCGUCUUUUCUUUUCCAAGCACGUUAAAUUUGGGAUUUUGUGGCUCCUGUUUGGGAUCAUCUUCUGUCCACCAGCUGUCUGAAUUUUUUGGUGACCUAUUUAUUUCAUCUUUUAAAUUUAGCGUUCAGCAUUGGUAGUUUUAUUUGAGGGAGGAAAUAAUUUGGCCUAUUGUUACUUCUAGUUUAUAAACAAGAAGGGACUAGUACCUGUUUCUACACACACGUACAUGUACACAUAUAUGCUUAUAUAUAUGCUGUUGUUUUUUUCCUCUGAAGCAGAGUCAAAUAAGAGCUUCUCCACACAAGAGUGUAUUUCCAUAGAUGUAAAACCCUGUUUUGAAAUAGAGUCGUGGCCCAGAAUGCCAUCCUCAGAAUUUGGGGAAUUGAAGGUGUGAAGACCCCAGACUCGGGUUUUACAUCUGGGAAGACUUUUUGCCACAGUGUUUCGUUGCCCUGGUAUUUGAACACUCCUCAGCCCUGACAUGUGUGGCCCCUUUGGGGUCAGUCCCCAGACUGCACGAAGGGCAGCACUGGCGGGACUCCCUCCAAGCCACGGUUUGGCAAGUCUGUCCCAGAGCCGUUCUAUCUCCUCUGCUUCUGUUUGUUGCUACAAAAUCAGCAUCGACUCUUCAUCAUCUUUCUAUUUGAAAUAUGCUAAGAAAAUCUACUUGUAAAAGGCUUAGGCAGUCUCAUUGAGUUAGAAGGUAACUGUAACCCUACUAGUGAUUGUUAGGUGAGGAAACCGUUGAGUUUUUAUGAGUGCGAUGCAUUGUUCUUCAGAUUUUUUUUUUUAAGGCAAAACAUCCUUUCAGACUUAAUAGAGUGUUUAAUAAAAUGGGCUAUAAAAAUCCUGUGAGCCACUCCAAAAAUCAGCACAUUUUGAAUAUUGUUAAACAAAGAGCAUUUGGAUCCUGGAGGAGAGGAGCGCAGGGAGCAAAACCAUACUCACAAAACCAAAUUUCUCCAGUUCUUCCUGGACAUGGGUCAGGGUGAUGGGACUAUUAGCCCCAAGACGGACAUUUUCGAUGUAACACAAGUGAACUCCCUUCCAUUUGGUGGGCAGAACCAAAUCCAUGCAGUGUUUGAAAGCACUCUUUUGUCUUAAUCUUACACCCUGAAAGUCUUCAUGGUGAUAUGCACUAUAUUCAGUACAUGUAAGUUUUCGUACCUUUCUUGUAAAAACUCUUGCAUGAUCCAACUUCAGCAAUGAAUUGUGCCUAGUGGAGAACCUCUGUAGAUCUUGAAAAAUGCAUUUUUCUUUAGCAGUGUACUAUUCACAUGGUGCAAUCGUUAGCCCCAGAGAGGUCCAUAAUGUCUUUUAAAGCUAGAAGUCACGUCUUACCAAUAUGCAUUUAUUGUAAUUGGUGCUUAGGCUGUAUUUUAAAGCCUACUGUCUUAAUAUUUUGUACAAAAAAAGAACAACUGAAAUGAUCUGUGGUUGGAGAAGUGACUUGACAAUCAUUUGGGCGUUGAAAGCAGUCGCUGUGCUUCAGUGUGAGUGCGAUGCUGUAGUCACAGUGUCCACGAUGUACGAGUGUCUCCAGUUGGUGGAACUGAUGUCUCUCAGUCCUCCACUACUAGGGAAAUCACUUUGCAUUUUGCAGAAAGAAGUGUUGCUAAACCUUUUUGCUGCUGUGUUUUGCUGAGAUAUCCAUGUUUGUUUUAUAUUGAUCUGUUUUAAGCAUGAAAGGCUUUUAUAGUGGUCUCCAUUCUAAAUCCAUAGUCCUCCAUUUAGGCUUCUUAUGUAUAUAAAAAAAAGUAGCUGUGUGUUAAAACCAAGGUGACGACAAUCCUUCCCUAGCACGCUGGUGGAAGAUGCUCCCUAAAAAGACCCCAGUAAGUGAGGUUGCUGCCCAAGGACCACGAAAGGGCCCUGGUUAAGCCAAGUUUGCCAGUGGCUUCUCAGCCAACGGCCAUUACAAGGGAAUGUUCUUCCUUCUCACUUAAUAGGUGGAUAUUCUCCAACAAGAAGAAAAAUGUAGCUUGUUCAGCUGGUACAUCAAGAGAAUAUCCUGGGCAGCAAGAAGUAUGUUUGUUUUUCUUUAAAAAUAAGCAAGAGAAAAAAAAAACUUACAAAAUUCUAAAGAGUAAGAACAUAGCCUAGAAUUUUGCUUCAAAGCAUGUGAGGGCUCUUGAGUUGUUAGGUGGGCGGUAAUAAACCCCAUUAACAAGAGUGGGAAGGGAAGGUGAAAGGAAGCUGCUGUCCCAGAUAGGUUUAGGGGUGGGGUAUUAGGUGAUCAGUCUUGUUGAGACUCUGAACCCAGAGCUAUUUCUCAAGUUUUUGACUUUGCCAAAGUGUAGAUAGAUAGUCUUUAUCUAAAAGUAUUUUAAUGGGAAGAUUUAGUAUAAGAUCGAACAGUUUGUCACUUGGUUGGUCAGCCCUCCUGAGAUUUACUUUAUUUGGAGAAGCUCCUGGAACCCAGUGACCUGUCCAAACCUUUUGUUCUGUAAAACUGUUCUGGAAAUAUUGAGAAGCCCAUUUUUCUCACGUGGUUUCUAGCUUCUUCAGACCCAGCCCAAAUUAGGAAGUGCAGAAGCACAUGAUGGUGAAAAACUCUGAGGCUCUGGCAACCUUCCAGAAUGAUAUGGAAUCUAAGGGGAGAUUUACGUUUCAUUUUGGAGGCUAGCUCAGGCUGAAUUUUCUUUCCAGCCAGUUAGCCUUCCUUCCUGUCCCACACUUUGUGCAACCCUCACACAGAUACUUAGCUAUUUAUUAGACAGCCCUGCAUUAGCACUGUUUAUACAUGGGGAGCAUCAAGUGCCCGGAACAUUCCUGGGCUGACUAAGCAGCCAGAGUGAAGCACACAUUUUCAGUCAAGGCAGGUAGCGCAGGACCCAGUGGUGGCUUUGCAGCUCAGAAUAGAGUUUUACACUUGAUCUUAGCCAAAAGGCCGAGAAGCGAUCAGAAUAGAGUUUUAAAGAGCUGGCAGUGGUAAGUCUGGUGUGCUGUGGUUGGAGAUGAUUCAGCACACCCUUUUUUGGUGGGGCAGAAGCUCUAAUGCUCCCUGUUUAUUUCCUCUGGUUCUCCACUACAACUGGUAGCCGUCUCCCAAGUCGUACACACGACUGUCGUUCCUCUGUAGUCUGUGACCGUGCGAGCUUGCUCUCGGAUGAUGUGGGUUUCUUAUUUUAUCCUCUUGUCGGGAAGAGAGAAACUAGGUGUUGAAAGAGUAAAUGAUUUAGGCAAAGGAGAGAUGUAUAUAUUCUAAAGAAUUUAAAAGAUAACAGAUUAUUAUUUGCUUAUUAAAGAAUAAAAUAUAGUCUGGGAAUCCCAGAAUGCCAAGCCAAAGGUCUAAGAAGUCAUCUUCUUCAAAGAUUUUUAAAGAAGUAGCAUUUUGAGGAGACUUCUUCCAAAAAGGUUUGACUGGCCUCCACAUUCCAGUGGCCUUGGAAGAGCAAUGUAUCUCUCAAACCUUGAGUCUCCCGCCUAGUACAGGUAAAGGAACCGAUACACUACACACUUCUCUCUAAGGGUCUCCCUGGAAGAUGAUGUCAAUGGCAGCAUUUCCAGGGAAGACCCACGCCCUCGUGCCCAGAGCCGGCAUUCCGGAGACUAAAGAUUGCACUUUCCGUAGUUCUUCGUCCAAAUGCGAUCCCAUUUCUGUGCCUCUUAGCAUGCAGUUAGAUUUGGACAAACAAGAUUCCUAAGGAAUGACUUUAUUAACUGUAAUAUGGUUACAGCUAUUACAUAUAUAUAUAUAUUCUGGUUAUAGUUCUAACAUGGAGGUGUCGCGUGUGACGCUGGCCUGGGGCAGUCCAAGUAAUGGUUCCAACUCGUGUGGAGGAGGCCAGGCACAGAGCUGAGGUGUGGCUCGAACUCCCCCUGUAUCCACUCUUCACCGUAGGGCCGUGAAGGUGUCACUUUGUCCCCCUCUGCCUUUCACUGGUAUCUGGAACCCACACAGAGUGUGUCCUGGUCCCAUUGUUAGCAGAUGCUCUGUCAGUAAUUUCCACGUGGACGUGGACAGAUGUGAACUCCAGGACCGCGCCCAGUCCAGAUGCAGGGCCACCUGCGGGUCACCGGCCACAUGCACGGCUUCCACGCCAUCCUGGUCACCCCGGGGGACAGGAUCCAGGCAUUCCUUUAAACCUCAGAGGCAGCAGUAAACCUUUCAGUGUUGCUGUUAGCAAGCGUGUGUUUGCCAGUAGAUGCCCGUUUGUACUCAUGUGCCAACAAGUCAAUGUCAGCCGCACACGUGCUUCUGCCGUGUCCCCGCAGGCGCCGAGCCGCGUGCGAGGAGCCUGUCGUCCCAAGGAGCGAACGCUGCACCGACUACUGCUAUCAGGAUUGUGUUGUGUGGAAUAAUCAUCUACAUAAAUUUUAUAUGCACAGUACUUUCCCUUUUAUAUGUCAGGUAAAUAUUUGUAAAAGUUAUACUCACACAAAUGAAAUUAUUAUAAUGAUUACUAAUAUAUUUUUUCCAUGUUUCAUUGCCUGAAUAAAAACUGUUUACCACUGUUA